UCACUCUCCCUUCCCAUCUCAUUCGCAUUCAUUCUGUCAGAGAGAAAGAGAGAGAGAGCACUGGUUCUCUUCCACCCAGAACGAGAAGAACGAUUUUCCAACCAAGAAGAGUUCGUAGUAAUGGCUUCAAGACCCGUCGUUCCUCAACAACCCAGAGGUGAUGCAGUCGUUGGGGGAGGGAAGCAACAGCCGAAGAAGAACGGUGCAGCAGCGGGGAGGAACCGUAGAGCACUUGGUGAUAUUGGAAAUUUGGAUCCUGUUAGAGGAAUUGAGGUCAAGCCUAAUCGCCCAAUCACAAGGAGUUUCUGUGCUCAACUACUUGCCAAUGCACAAGCUGCAGUAGCUGCUGAAAACAACAAGAAACAGGCUUGUCCUAAUGUGGCUGGACCUCCUGCUCCUGUUGCUGCUCCUGGAGUUGCAGUGGCUAAAAGAGAGGCCCCAAAACCAGUUACUAAGAGGGUCACUGGAAAACCAAAGCCUGUUGUGGAAGUCAUUGAAAUAAGCCCAGAUGAACAGAUCAAGAAAGAGAAAUCUGUGCAGAAGAAGAAGGAAGAUUCCAAGAAGAAAACUCUCACUUCUGUGCUCACUGCUCGAAGCAAGGCUGCAUGUGGUUUAACUAACAAACCGAAGGAGGAGAUUGUUGACAUUGAUGCUAGUGAUGUUGACAAUGAACUUGCUGCUGUGGAGUACAUUGAAGAUAUCUACAAGUUCUAUAAGAUGGUUGAGAAUGAGAGCCGUCCCCAUUGCUACAUGGCCUCACAACCUGAGAUUAAUGAGAAGAUGAGAGCAAUACUUGUUGAUUGGCUGAUAGAUGUUCACACCAAGUUUGAGCUUUCACUUGAGACCCUUUACCUGACAAUCAACAUAGUUGAUCGGUUCCUAGCUGUGAAGACUGUUCCAAGGAGGGAACUGCAAUUGGUUGGCAUCAGUUCUAUGCUGAUGGCCGCCAAGUAUGAAGAAAUCUGGCCCCCUGAGGUGAAUGACUUUGUGUGCCUCUCAGACAGAGCUUAUUCUCAUGAGCAGAUACUUGUGAUGGAGAAAAUCAUUCUGGGGAGGUUGGAAUGGACCUUGACUGUGCCUACACCCUUUGUUUUCCUAACUCGCUUCAUCAAGGCUUCAGUUCCAGAUGAGGGAGUGACAAACAUGGCUCACUUUCUUUCUGAGUUGGGAAUGAUGCACUAUGACACCUUGAUGUAUUGUCCAUCAAUGAUUGCUGCCUCAGCAGUCUAUGCAGCUAGGUGCACUCUGAACAAGAGUCCUGCUUGGAAUGAAACACUGAAGCUGCACACUGAUUACUCAGAAGAACAACUCAUGGAUUGUGCUAGAUUGCUGGUGAGUUUCCAUUGCACUGUUGGGAAUGGAAAGCUGAAGGUUGUGUUUAGAAAGUACUCUGAUCCUGAGAGAGGAGCUGUUGCAGUGCUUCCACCAGCUAAGAAUCUUAUGCCCCAAGAGGCUAGUAGCUAGAGUAUGAUGACAAGUUUGAAGAUAAAGAAAGGAAGCUGCUGCCAAAUGCUGCAAUAACCAUUUGUUAUUGUAAUUUUUUCCUUUUUGAUUUUUCAAGUCUUGUAGCAGAUUAACAAUAUUUGAUCUAUAUUUUUUUUUCCCUUCUCAAUUCCCAAUUGAAAUCUUGUGUUCAAAUUGAUGCUAAUGCUAAGCACAAAUUUUACAGUGUUUUUUCCAUGACACAUUAUUUUACAGUGUUUCUUCAAGAAAA